UCAGAGCGGGUGAAGGGGUAAACCAGCAGCGAGUGAGAGCGAGAGGCGUGCCGUGAACUAAGAGCGAGAGCCCGCCCUGGGGGCUGGACCGUAGCGCAGCUUUGGCUGGCACACGGCACGAGAACGGUGGAGUUGGGAGCUCGAGCUCUUGUUGCGUUUGAACCCUACAGAGAGAAAUAACGGCUGGACCGGCUGAACGGUUGGACCUCAUGCGCUAAGCGGAGACACGUCUCUGUGUUCGGAUAUCCUUCACAUCAGAUCCCAGCUCCUCUUCAUCAGCUCGCUAAGCUCAAUACACAAAGACGAAACCAGACACGUUUGGGAAACAACAGUUGGUGGCUGUUUGCAGAACUGAGAGGUCUACUCGAGGACAGAGCUGACGUCACUUAAGAGGACAUCUUUACAGGUAUAGAUGGGGGGCGGCGAGGCUUCUGCCAGGGGCUCGACCAUGGAGGGGGAUUGCCUGAGUUGCAUCAAGUACCUCAUGUUCAUCUUCAACUUCUUCAUCUUCUUAGGGGGCGCUUUGCUGCUGUCGGUGGGGAUCUGGGUGCUGGUGGACCCCAUGGGCUUCCGGGAGAUCGUGGCGGCCAACCCGCUGAUCUUCACGGGGGUGUACGUCAUCCUGUGCCUGGGGGCACUGCUCUUCCUGCUCGGCUUCCUGGGCUGCUGCGGAGCCAUCCGGGAGAACCGCUGUCUGAUGCUCUUUUUCUUCAUGCUCAUCCUCAUCAUCUUCCUGGCAGAGUUGGCAGCGGCCAUCUUGGCUUUCAUAUUCCGUGAGCAUCUGACCAGGCAGUACUUCACUAAGGAGCUCAAGCAUCACUAUCAGGGCAACAACAGCACCGAUGUUUUCACCACCACAUGGAAUGCCAUCAUGACCACGUUUGACUGCUGUGGAGUGAAUGGUGCGGAGGACUUUGAGGAAAGCCUUUACCAUCUCCUCAACCCAGCUAAGAUGGUUCCGGAAGCCUGUUGCCAGAGGAACCAUCUCCUGGGAGACGUGCCCUUUGUGAGCCGAGAGGACUGUCUCACGGGGAGCAUGCUCAUUCGCCACAAGGGAUGUUACUCAGCUGUGGUUGAGUACUUUGAGACGUACAUCUAUCUGGCUGGAGCUCUGGCCAUUGUGGUGCUGACCAUAGAGCUCUUUGCCAUGGUGUUUGCCAUGUGUUUGUUCCGAGGGAUCCAGUAGGCCGACACACACCAGUCACCAGCACAGCACAUGAAGAGGACAAACUGAACAAAAAGAAAAGUGUCAUAUCAACAGCCGUGUUUUUUAUGUCAUGUUGAUGUUGCUAAAUGGUUAGUGAGAGUGUUUGGUCUGCACACAGUGUGUACCUCAAUGCUGGAUCUAUGGGGUACACACACACACAACAGUAACCAUGCCAACAGAAUAUACAGGUGUAAUUACGCCAAAACAAUCAAGUCAACAGUGAAGAAACAAACAUUAAAUAAUGUGUUGGUAAGAACAACCGAGAACCAGAAAUGAGCCAAGCUACCAAACCAACCAGCCAAAUCAGUAAAUAAGAAUAAUCAAACCAGUAGCAGAGAGGAAAUGGCAGACUUACAUUAGGAAACCUCUACAAAGCAGCGAAUAAACGUGAACGGAUACGGAUCAAUAAAUAAUAUGAAUAUGAAUCCACUUUUACAGCACUAGUGAAGCGACUUUCAGGUGUGUGAAUGUGAGUAUGAGCGUGUGUGUGUGUGUGUGUGUGUGUGUGUGUGUGUGUGUGUGUGUGUGUGUGUGUGUGUGUGUGUGUGUGUGUGAAUGUGAGUAUGUGAGUAUGAAUGUCUCUGCACUGGCCUAACACUAGGAAACACACAGUACUUACACAGGAGCCAGGCCUAGCUUCAACUUUUGAGUGUUUGUGUGUGUGUGUGAGAGAGAGAGUAUUCUCAUGUGAUGGAGGCUGUUAGAGUGUGUGUGUGUGUGCAUGGGUGUAUAUUUUAAGUUUUUAUUCCACUGCUCGAGACCAAUAUCUUGAAAAUGGUGUUGUUUAAUUGUGAAUAUUUGUGUGUUUUUUGCAUAAGUGUAUUGUAUUGUAUUUGUGCUGGUAUUGUGUCAAGUGUAUUUGCAGAUGACUUGCAGAUUGAUAUUAAAACAGAUGAGAUCUA